GUCGCCCGUGGGCGUCGGCGCCGGCGCGGGGGCGGCAGCAGCCGCCUUCUCCGCGGCCGCGUGGGCGGCCAUGCCGGACUCGUCCAGCGUUGUCAAGAGUGAAGGUCGCAGCCCGGGUCUGACUGAAACUUCAUCACUGGGUCAAGAUAGUCUAUAUUCUGACUCACUAACUGCCGCGUACAACACUUCGGAUUCACAACAUGCCUAUGCUUCACCAACUCAGCAGUACUACACAAGUAUGCAGCAAGCAUAUGGCAGCCAACCAUCAGCAGCCUAUAUGCAGAGUUCCAGUUUCUAUAACACUUCAGCUUACAACAUGCUGCAGCAGGGUUAUGUGACUACAGGAAAUUCUCGAAACCUGACUGGUGGCAAAGUUAGCUCUGGUCCCUCGUCAUCAGGCUCGCCCAGCUACCUGAGCGCGUACACUUCUGCCAGCAGUGCAGCAGCAAGUUCCUUUGGUGCCGCUGUGAAUUCUGCAGCAGCUGCUAGCUCGCACCACACUGGCCAGACAGCUGUUGGUAGUGGCAGCACUGCCAGCAGCUCGGCUGCUGCCUAUGCAGCCUACAACACUUCUGGUUACAGCUGCUCAGCAGGAGCUACAUCUGCUGCAGGAUUUUCGACAUCAGCACAGGCUUUCAGCACCACUCAACAAAGUCUCGAUUACAGCACUUAUGGCAACUCGUAUGCAAGCCAUCAGACUGUACAGUAUCCUACUAGCUACUUUUCACCAAAUUACUCACCUUACAUGUCCAGCUCAAGUUCAGCAAGCAGUGCUGGGAGCAUGGGGACUUCCACUUACCAGCUCGCCACACCUACUUUAACAGAGAGUCCUGGCAGCUUCCAUCUGUCAGAAAAUGGGCCAGCAUCACCCCUCAAAACAGAUUCAAAUGGGUCUCGGAGAAACAGGGAAGGAAAUGGAGGAGAAGGUUCCUCUAGGUCUAGUAGAGGUCGAGGGAGAAGACAGAAUAACCCUUCCCCCAGCAACCCAGAGAGCAGCUUAGAGAGAGUAUUCAUCUGGGAUCUUGAUGAAACCAUAAUUAUUUUCCACUCUCUUCUCACUGGCACUUAUGCCUCCCGUUAUGGCAAGGAUGCUCAGACAGUUGCACAGCUUGGAUUCAGAAUGGAGGAACUGGUGUUCAAUCUUGCAGACACACAUUUUUUCUUCAAUGAUGUGGAGGAUUGUGAUCAGGUGCACAUAGAUGAUGUCUCUUCAGAUGAUAAUGGGCAGGAUCUUAGCACUUACAACUUUGGAACUGAUGGUUUCCAUGCAGCAGCCAGCAACGGCAAUCUGUGCUUAGCUACAGGUGUUCGAGGUGGUGUUGACUGGAUGCGUAAGCUAGCAUUCCGUUAUCGAAAGAUUAAAGAUAUGUACAACAAUUAUCGCAAUAGUGUUGGAGGUCUUCUCGGGCCAGCAAAGCGUGAACAAUGGUUGCAACUUAGAGCAGAAAUUGAAACCAUAACAGACAACUGGUUAACAUUAGCCAACAAAUGUCUGACGUUAAUUAAUUCACGGCCCAACUGCGUGAAUGUGUUGGUGACGACAACGCAGCUCGUGCCAGCACUGGCUAAAGUACUGCUUUUCGGCCUGGGUGGAAUUUUUCCUAUUGAGAACAUUUAUUCAGCUACAAAAAUAGGCAAAGAGAGCUGCUUUGAGCGCAUAGUCUCCCGAUAUGGCAGAAAAUGUACAUAUGUUGUAGUUGGUGAUGGAACAGAUGAGGAAGCUGCAGCAAAACAGUUGAACUUCCCAUUCUGGCGCAUCACGAGUCACAGUGACACAGCAGCACUGUACAAUGCUUUGGACAUGGGCUUCUUAUGAUGUGUGUCAGUGUUAAUAUUGAUACAUUUCUGUGAUUGAACUUAUUACAGCCAUUAAAGGCUAGUAACUAUGGAACUUGAAUUUUAAAACAAACAUUGAAACUGUAUAUGAAUUUGUUUAAAUUGUUUUUUAUUUAAAAUUUAUGAGCUUAAUGAUACAGUCUCAUAAUUAUGCAUAAAUAGUAAAAAGAUGCCGCAAUAGUCACGAUUAUUACUUUUGUAUAAAAUAGUUUUUUUAUUAUUAAUAACAAAGUAAUGUUAUUGUAAAGAUUGUAUUGAUAAUUAAGUUGUACUGUGCAAAUAAUUUUCAGAGAAAAAUUGAAUAUAUUGAAAUGUGACCUAUAUAUGAAGACAAAUUAUGUACAUACAUUAGUGUACGGGGCGCGGUAUGCUAGAACUUAAAACAUAUAUUGAGUUCUUUCUUUUUUCUGGUGUAAUUUUCCUGACCAUAGAUCUCAAAGAGCAAAACUUGUAAAUUAAAUUAUAAACUUGGUGUACUGGUUCUGUAAAAUUACUUUCCCCAUAAAACAAAAAUCAACUCUUGGAAUGAAACAGAGCACAAAUACUCCAAAAUUAUUGACUAAUGCAGAAAGCUGCCACAACUAGCACUGAAAAGUACACCAAAAUUGAUCAAGAUCCACCUUCAGUGUGAAGUUGAUAUGUACAUGGGUGACCUUACCAUUAUGGAAGUCUAAGUAGAUAUUUAAGAAUUGUGUUUUAGAAACUGUUGUAGUAGCAUGAGUGUAAGAGGGAAAAAGUAAGGCAGCAGAAAUCUACUCUUCAAGAAGAAGUUGGAAAAGGCUGUAGAAGAAUAACCAUGAGUAUGAAUGAAUAAUUAUGAAAAAUACAAAAAGAAGGUGAACAAAAAUGUAAAAGUCAUAUACAGUCAGUUGACACUCUUGCUUUUCUAUAAAUUGCAUUUUCUUCCCCAACCGAAGUCAUGAGAAUCUGUGUGACUCUUCAAAAUUGUUUUGUGUGACUACAUGAUGCAGACUAAAUAUUUUAGUUCAAUAGGUUGCAUAUUUCAGAAAAAAAUUGGGUGUAACAAUAAUUGAUUUGGCUCAUAAUGAAAUCUUUGAAAGGUAUUUCUGUAAUUAUAUCCAUAUAACUUAAUUUUUUUCCUUUAUUGAUAAUGCAAUCUUGAAUAUUCACCAUGAUUUAAACACGUGUUACAUGCCAUAAUGGUUAUUCUCCUUGCUAACAGUGUGAGCUGUGAGAAUACUCACCAGUAAUAUUUUUGAGCAAUAUGCCAACUUUUAAAAAAAGGAAACCAUGUUACUUUUAAAUAUAUAUCUGCUAUGGGAUCUGCAAGUUUUACAAAUGAAGUAAGUCAUUUUAUGUAACAAUGAUAACUUCACUGUCUUUUGUGGUAUUAGAGAACUACUUGUAGGAUAUGACUGUUCUUUUAUUUUCAAAUAUACAUCAGUCAUCUAGUUGACAGCAAUUGCUGUCUAAAUAAACUAACAGUGGUACAAAAGAGUUUCAUUGGUAGAGGAUGAGGUGCUUAGCAUGCUGAAAA